UCAGCUGUGUGCAUUUUGUAAAGGUUGUACCAUUUAUUCGUCCUUUGUAAAUUAAUUAUUAUUUUCGAAAACUUGUCAUUUAAAUAAUACUUCGGUGUGUGAUCAUGUGCUUUUAUUAAUAAGGAUUACAAUAAUUAUAAAUUCCAAUUGGCGAAUAUUUAGAAAUAAAAUAAAGUUACAGAAACUUUGAAAGAAAAAUAUCGCAGUUUUUCAAAAUUUAUCAAAUAUUAAUUACAAAAUGAGUACGGAAUAUGAAAAGAAGAUAUCCGAACUGGAAAAGAAAAUAAAGCAAUUCCCAAAUUUUCCGAAGGAAGGGAUUUUAUUUUGGGACAUAUUCUCCGCGAUUUCAGACGGCGCGGCAUGUAAGCUAUUACAAGGACUUCUAAUUGAAACGAUAAAGACGAAAUUCCCGCAAGCAGAAGCUGUGGUGGGUCUGGAAUCCAGAGGUUUUCUGUUUUCCUUCUCUGUUGCUGCAGAGUUGGGUAUAGGAUGCUUACCAGUUAGAAAGAAAGGCAAACUACCUGGUGAUGUCAUUUCGUACAAAUAUGAUUUGGAAUAUGGAUCGGACACGGUAGAAAUACAAAAGGACUCAAUAAAACCGGGUUUAAAGUGUGUCAUAGUGGACGAUUUGAUCGCGACAGGAGGUUCAUUGAACGCAGCCAUACAACUUCUAACAAACUGCGGUGCGAAUGUCGUCGGAUGCCUUAUUGUUAUGGAGUUAGAGUCGUUGAAAGGACGAAAAAACAUAACGAAAGAUAUACCUAUACAUACGCUUAUCAAGUAUGAUUGAUUGUAAAAUAAUGUUUUGUA